GCCAUGUUAGUAGACAUGAUAACGCAGAACCAGCUGUUCGAAGCGAAGCAGGGAGGGGAUAUCACGUUCAUGGACAUGGUGGAUGAACGGGAGGCGCUGGGAGAGUCGCAGAUACAGAAGAUGUUUGCUGGCUCCUCGGUGCUGCUGACUGGAGGGACUGGCUUCCUUGGGAAGCUGGUCUUGGAGAAAUUGUUGAGAUCCUGUCCAGAUUUAAAGAAAAUAUACCUUCUAGCGCGACCUAAGAAGAAUAAAGACAUUACCAAAAGACUACAGGAACAGUUUGAUGAUGUGCUGUACGACAAACUACGCAAGGAAUGUCCGAACUUUAUUCAGAAGAUCAGAAUUGUGGAAGGUGAUAUGGGACAGUUAGACCUCGGCAUGUGUCCUGAAGAUAGAAUCAAAAUUAUGAAUGAGGUGGAUGUGAUAUUCCACGGGGCAGCGACCGUGAGGUUCGACGAGCCCCUGAAGACGGCCGUGGAGAUCAACGUGCGAGGCACGCGGGAAAUGUUCAAGCUGGCUCGAGGAUGCACCAAGUUGAAGGCUUUCGUACAUAUUUCUACAGCUUACAGCAACUGCCCACAAACCAACAUUGAUGAGAAGUUCUACGAGAGUCCGUUACCAGGGGACAAACUGAUUGAUAUGGUGGAGACCAUCGACGCCAGGACUCUAGACAGCAUCACUCCAGGUCUACUGGGCGACUUCCCGAACACAUACGCAUAUACCAAAGCAGUGGCAGAGAACAUAGUGCUGGAGUACUCACAGGGUCUACCUGUGGCCCUCUUCAGGCCUUCCAUUGUUAUUGGAACAGCUAAGGAGCCCGUAUCAGGAUGGAUAGACAAUGUCUAUGGACCUACUGGUGUGGUAGUUGGAGCAGCAGUAGGGCUCCUUCACGUGCUGAACUGUGACGCGAAGGUGGUGGCCGACCUGGUGCCCGGAGACAUGGUAGUGUGCGCCUGUAUCGCUGCUGCUUGGAGGACGGCCAGGGAUUCCAGGAGUAACCACGAGGAUGCCCCACCUCCGGACCUACCGCCGCCUGUUUAUAAUUACGUUUCUUCGGAGCAGAAGCCUCUUACUUGGGAGAAAUUCAUGCACUACAAUGAAGUGUACGGGUUCCAAGUGCCCACAGUACAGGCUAUAUACUACUACUUAUUCACGAUCACGUCUUCCCGGUUCCUCUACACUCUCUACUGCUUCCUGCUGCACUGGGUACCAGCCUACAUCAUCGACGGCAUUGCUGUCAUCAUUGGGAAGAAACCUAUGUUAAGAAAAGCCUACACGAAAAUAACGAAAUUCUCCGAAGUGAUGGCGUAUUUCGCGACACGGGAAUGGAAAUUCGACAAUAGCAACACACAAAAACUUUACAGCGAAAUGUGUGAAGCUGACAAGCAUCUCUUUGAUUUCGACAUGAGCACCAUGGAUUGGAACGAUUACUUCUACAACUACAUACGAGGAGUCAGGGUCUACUUAUUAAAAGACCCUGUUGAUACCGUUCCAGCCGGUCUCAAAAAACUUAACAGGCUAAGGCUACUCCAUUACACUUUCUGUGCGAUCUUAGGUCUACUAUUCUUAAGGUUACUAUGGGCAAUUUUCAGUGGAAUCCUAGGCUUUUCUUUCUGAAUUUAGAGCUUAAUUUCAGGGAUGUGUAAAAAGGUUUUAAAUAGGUGUUAUUCGAGUGCUACAAGCUAGUUGAUCUUUAAUUUAAUUAUUGUGUCUUUUGAAAUACUCGAAAAAUAUAGCUGAUAUUAAUGUGAUAACUGAUAAGAAUGGCAGUUAAGUAAUUUCUUUCUUAAAGUAGGUGCUCUGGUUUCGUAUUUUUGAAAAUGGGUUGGAAAUAAAAUCCGACGAACCGUUUGUGAAAGCAGUUCUAUUUGAUUGGGUCCAAAUAAUUGUAAAUAAAAGACUUAAAACGCUUUUUUGGUGCCAAGCCUCAGUAAAUGAUUUUUAUAACGGUGAAUUUACUUUAAAAAACUGUGGAAUAAGUAAAGACAACCUACACCUUUUAUUUUUAUCAUAGCAAUGUGUUGCUACUAGUUAAGAUAAUUACAUGCAGUGUUUUAUGACCAAGGCGCAAAGUUAGCCUAGAACUAGGUAAUAAUUGCGUAGACUUUGGCUGUAUACCUACCUAGCCUAGAUAUGUACUUAUUAAGAAAUAUGUAGGUAUGAUCAGAAAUAAGUGUCCAUGUAGGAAUCGAAAUACCUUAAUGUUUUUUUGUUGAAGAUCCAACUUUUAUUAAUUUACAAGAAAAAUAUACACACCUAUUUACAAGAUUAUGAAAGAGUUAUUUACAUUAAAAAUGAGACAAUUAAGAUCCAACUGUUUCACUAGAAAAUGUUUGGAAAAAGAGUGCCUAAUGUAAGAAACAUAGGAAGAUGAAAACUUGUACCUAAUCACGGUCAAAGUAGACAAGAUAAAUGGAAGUAGACUUUAGGGUGUUUAUAAAACUUUUACCUAAGGGUUUAUGUACAUACAUAGGUAUAGGAAUAGUGGGAUUUUUAUAGUAAAAUGUAACAGAAGAAAAAAAAAACUUUCCAAAAUAAAUGGUGCCUAGGUUUCAAUAAAGAAUGUUGACACCAACAUAGUUGGGACAUGGCUAAGCUGAUGAUAGAGAAAUGUAGCUUGAGAUAUUUCUUUUGUUUUGUAAGUAGUAGCCAAUGUUAUGGUAUUGGUACGGUAUAAUCAAUACAAAGUAGAAACUUCAGAGACCGUCAGGCGUAUUUGAGAAAACUGACACUAGGGCUUGUUAGGUGAUUAGACCUCACUCACUCGAUAAGACGAAACUUACGUAAAAAAAUAUUCAAAUAAAGCGAUGGACAUACGAAUCGCCUGAAUUUUACAAAAAAAAAUAUGGGAAUGAGGUAACAAUUAUUGUCAUUAUUUUACAUAGGUCCUACAUAUACAUAUAAAAUGUACCUACUAUACGUAUUUAUAAAUAUUUAGUAUAAUUUGUGAUACAUGACGUGUUUUGCUCAGUACUUAGUUUUUAAGACAUACAUUGUUACUAUAUACUACAGUUUGUAAUAAAUGCAUUUCAUUAUAAUAAGAAUGAUAUUAAAUAAUUUAAUUAAA